CACAGCUCGCGCUGUGAUGGGACUACAAACCCGUUAGCGCCCUCCGCUUCCUCCUCUUCCAUCAUGGCUCCCUCGAUAGACAGGCAAGGAUACUGGGGGCGGCCGACCUCAACGCUGGAAUGGUGCGAGGAGAAUUAUGUCGUCUCUUUCUACAUCGCGGAGUUCUGGAACACUGUCAGCAACCUGAUAAUGAUUCUUCCGCCCAUAUACGGAGCCGUCCAGACGUUCCGGGACGGCCUGGAGUUUCGUUAUAUCUACUCGUUUCUUGGUCUUUCAGCCGUAGGUGUCGGCUCCUGGUGCUUCCACAUGACGCUGCUGUAUGAGAUGCAGCUGCUGGACGAGUUGCCAAUGAUUUACAGUACAUGUGUGUUUGUGUACUGCCUAUACGAGUGCUUCAAGCAAGAGAACAGCAUCAGUGUGUUUCCUAUCGUGUUGUUGAUCAUCUUCAGCGUCUCGGUCACCUUGGUGUACCUGCAGUGGAAGGAGCCAGUGUUUCACCAGGUCAUGUAUGGUGCCCUGGUAGCUUGCCUGGUGAUGCGUUCGGUCUUCAUUGUUACAUGGGUGUACCCGUGGCUCAGGGGCCUGUGUUACACCUCUUUAGGGAUCUUUAUGUUGGGCUUCCUGCUGUGGAACAUCGACAACAUUUUCUGUGACUCGUUAAGAGUCAGUAGACAAGUGCUGCCCCCUGGUGUUGGAGUGAUGACACAGUUCCAUGCCUGGUGGCACAUUUUCACAGGUCUCGGCUCCUACCUGCACAUUCUCCUCAGCUUGCAGAUCAGAUCCACCUACCUCAAGUAUAGACCAAAAGUUAAGUUUCUGUGUGGCGUCUGGCCCACUUUGCACAUUGAACCACAGAAGACGAGCUGAAGUGAGAAGAUGAGGAGCAGCUUAAGCACGGUGACUGCCGAACCGGGCGCUACUGGCAGAAACCCACCUGUGUCACCUGGCUACUGCUGGGAACUUGGCCCUCAGGCAAGCAACUGGUGUACCACAGGGCGCCAACUUAGGGACCAUUUGGUUCUGAGCUGUGGAAAAUGACUAAGUAAAGUAUAGCACUGAAUUAUUUCAAGAAACUGAAGAUUCUUUCCAUUGAUUAUAAUUUAUUAGAUUAGUAUGUUUAAGUUAUUUUUAAGUGGGUAGUUUCUUUUUUUUUUUUUCUUUUUUUUUUUUUUCCCCCAAACAGCCAUUUUCAGUGAGUGAAUGAUGCAGCCCACUUCAGUGGCAAUUAUAGAAGGAAAUAUAAAAGUUUUAUUGUUAAAAUAGUUGAACAGCUGUAAUUAAUUCAGUCUUUGCUUAUGACUAAUCCGGUAAAUAAUAAAAUAUGAGCCAAAAUAUAUUUAUGGCCCCCUUCAAAUGAGAUGAUAUCUUUGCUUAGGCUUAGUUUUGUAAGAAGCUAAAUCAGUUUAUUGUAUAGUUUUUUUUUUUUUAAGAAAAUAAUAAAACAAACUUAUAGUGGAAGUGAACAAGUUUUAAUCUAAUAAGGAAAGAUUUUUUUUUUAUUUGCAUUGCUGAAGGUUGAACUUUUACUUGAAUUUUCCACAAAAUGAUGACAUGCCAUAACUGGAAUUCAGAUGCUCUUUUUUUUUUUUUUUUUUUUUACCUUAAUUAACGUUAUUGCCAAAGUCGCACGUGUUGGCUUGUAUUUAGUUGUCAUCCAAUGUGUGAAAUGUAUUACUGGUUUACCUUGCAAUGUUUUAAUGAAAGCUUGUAACACUGGAUUGUAGCGUUCAGGCUCACAGUACAAAGCAAGGCUGGGUUUUAUAUAUAUAUAUAUAUAUAUAUAUAUAUAUAUAUAUAUAUAUAAAAGCAGCUAGAAUUUUUGACCGUUAAUGGUGCUGGAGUGAGAGGCAUUUUCCCCUCAACUAUUGCUGCACACUGGCAGUCAGCAGGCUGAAAAGAGGCUCAUAUAAACUCUAUUCUUACUUGCUGAAAGGAUGAAUAGUACAAUAAAAAAAUAUAGCUACAUACAGUUAUGUAUUAAUUUGGGAUGUCCUGCUCAGGAUGUUUGCUCCCAACACCAAACCAAUCGUUUAAUAACAGCGAUCAGCAAAUUCUGACAACAUGUCAAAAUGCGCAUAGUUUCAUCAUUUCUUAGUAGCACUUAUUUUGUUUUGAUAUGUCUUGUUGAUUAUUUCCAUCUGCUGACACAGGCAGACAGGAAGCUGCUACAGCCUCUCUAUCUGUUUGUGAAAGUUGAUAUGAACAGAAAACCCAGAUCUGAUGAACAGGUUAGUGGACACAAACUAUAUCUUAGCUGCACAUUACCUGCAUCAAAUAUGUAUGUCAUAUGCAUUCCUGGAGGUGCAGCUGGCAUGAAAUUCUUCAGGAACUCCAAAAACGGUCAUUUCUAACACUGCCAUAAUCAGGAAUAUGUAAUAUCUGGAAUCAGAUUGGGACAUCCCUUGUAGAAAAUGAAUGAGAUGGAUUAUUUUAGCAGGAAAAUGGCUAAUUUUCCAUUAGCAAUGAGAUCAAGUUAUGUAUUUUACUCACUUUAUAUAAAUGAACUCCCAAGUUUUCAUACAGCCUAACAUUGGCCCGUGCCUAGUUACCACAGCAACGCUUCUGAAGACGGUCGACCAAAAUCAAAAUCCAACUAUUCAAACUGAACAAGAUUUCACUUUUAUCACAAGCCUGAGCAGCAUUUACUAAAAGAGAGACAGGAAAUCUCAUCACAAGACUCGACACAAAACACUUUAACAUCACUGACUGUGCUGCAUUUUAUUUCAAACGGUUAUUUAUUGCUUUCUUCUCUGUUAUUUAUUGGUUUUAGUCAUCACACAGCUCAUCCAGAUGAAACUGCACAGAGGACUAUGAGUAGUUUGUGAUUCAACCACUGGAUGGCGCACCUUUCCAGCUCAUUGCUGCAUCAUCUGGUCUAAAACCUUCCUACCGUAGAGCUGCGGGAAUCUUUGCCUCUGUUUUCAUGUCUUAGAUUUUGUGUUUAAUGAAGGGCUUUUAGUGUUUUUUUUUUUUUGUUACUGUGAAGUGGUGCAGGCGCAUUGGCAUCAAAAACUACAGAAUGCUUGAAACAAGUGGAUAUAUGGAAUAUGCACAUUUUAGCCACUAGGAGACGCGUUUAUGUAAUCUGAGGCAGCACACGACGCAUCACUUCGUUCUUCAUGAUACACACACGCAUUUGGUUUUUUUUUUCAGUGUACAAGCCCAGUGUUAAAAACAUCCAUAAGCACAAUAUAUGAAACAUAAGUAUUAGCCUCCUCCAGGUGUCUUUGUGAAUCUUUGCUCUGUGUUAUCUCAAAGUCUCUGCUCAUCAGUAAGAACUGAGCAGAUCUCAAAGAGGGUGCCUUAUUGUUAUCACUGCAGUGUAACCCAAGUUGCCUUGAUAUUUGUGAUAAACCUCUCAUUUCAUCCACCGUAUUCUACCACGCACCCUAGCCCCUCCGGUUAUUAGCCACCGACGCUUCAGAAGGACCAACGUUCACGGCUUUAAAUGUUAAGUCUGUGCCUGACUCUUCGGCCUCCCAUCCAGGUCGCGUGUGGAGCUUCCAUACUGUUCCACGUACAUCUUGCCUGUAUAAAGGUGUCAUCCUGUAACAGUUUCUGUGUUUAAGGCCAGAACACCAAACUCUGCCAACAGUUUUGUUGUAAUUUGAUCAGUCUUUGUUGAUGUCAAAUAAAGGAUAUUGUGUCAAACUCU